AAGUCUGAACAAUGUUUGUUGGGAAAGCCUCCCCAAAAGAGGUUAUCUAUGAAAACAGGAGAAUCAUUGCCAAAUGACCUAAAUCCAGUCCGCAGAGGACAGGUUAAUUAUUCAAAAGAUAUGUUUGCCGACGCUUUAUAUGGCUCCCCGUUUGGGAACCAAGGUAGUCGGUAGACAAGUGUGUAUGAGGAAAGUGUGUGUUUUCUCACAGUCAUGGCUAAGCUGGUGGAAUGUGUACCAAAUUUCUCCGAGGGGCGUAACAAGGAGGUCAUUGACGCCAUAGCCGACGCCAUCUCCGCCACAGAGGGCUGCAGCUUGCUGGACGUCGACCCAGGGUCUUCCACAAACAGGACGGUGUACACUUUUGUGGGCUCACCCCUCGCUGUGAUCGAGGGGGCGCUGAAUGCUGCCCGCGCCGCGUUUAAACUCAUAGACAUGACCAAACACUCAGGCGAACACCCUCGGACGGGUGCAAUGGAUGUGUGUCCCUUCAUACCGGUGCAGAACGUCAGCAUGGAGGAGUGUGUGCAGUGUGCCAAUGAAUUUGGACGGAGAUUGUCAGACAUGCUCAAUGUGCCUGUCUAUCUCUACGGAGAGGCAGCUAGAAAAGAGAGCAGAAGGUCGCUUCCCUCUGUCCGUGCAGGGGAAUACGAAGCAUUACCGGAGAAGUUAAAAAAGACCGAAUGGGUCCCUGAAUACGGCCCCGCCACCUUCGUGCCUUCUUGGGGCGCCACAGUCACUGGCGCCCGAAAGUUUCUCGUCGCCUACAACGUGAACCUUCUGAGCACUAAGGAACAGGCUCACAGGAUCGCACUGGAUAUCAGAGAACAGGGCCGUGGGAAAGAUCAGCCUGGGCUCCUGAGAAAGGUUCAGGGAAUGGGAUGGUACCUGGAAGAGGCCAACCUCGCUCAGGUGUCCACCAACAUCCUGGACUUUGAGGUGACGCCCAUGCACACGGUGUAUGAGGAGAUCUGUAAGGAUGCCAAGGAUUUGACUCUUCCAGUGGUGGGGUCUCAGAUAGUCGGGCUGAUUCCUCUGAAGGCGAUGCUGGACUGUGCAGACUUCUACAUCCAAAAAGAAAAGCUUUUUGUUGUUGAAGAGGAGCACAAAAUCCGACUGGUUAUCAGUAAACUGGGACUCGACUCUUUGGGGCCAUUUGUUCCAAAAGAGAGAAUUAUAGAGUAUAUGGUACGGGACAAUCAGAACGAUGGCCGGCUUGUGUCUCUUUCUCUACACAAGUUUGUCCAGAGUGUUGGGGCCAGAACAGCGGCUCCUGGUGGAGGGUCUGUUUCUGCUGCAGUCGCUGCUAUGGGUGCAGCUCUGGGCUGCAUGGUGGGUCAGAUGACAUACGGCAAGAGGCAGUUUGAGUCUCUGGAUGAGGAGAUGAGGAAACUUAUUCCUCCAUUUCAUGAAGCCAUGAAUGACUUAUUAUUAAAAGUGGACGCUGAUUCAUCAGCUUUUAACAGCUACAUGGCUGCUCUGAAAUUGCCCAAAGGCACUCCUGACGAAAUCAAAAGGAGGGAGGAAGCCAUGCAAGAGGGUUUAAAAGCAGCGGUGGGCGUCCCUCUGUCUCUGGCACAGAGAAUAAACACACUGUGGCCUGUUCUCAAAGAGAUGGUGCGAUACGGAAAUGUGGCUUGUAAAUCAGACAUACAGGUAGCGGCGAAAGCUUUGGAAACGGCAGUGUUCGGGGCGUAUUACAGCGUUAUUAUAAACCUGAAGGACAUCACGGAUGUUUCAUUCAGGACUGUCACUGAAUCGAAAGUGUCUGCGCUGUUAAAGAACGCCAGAGAGAAUGCUAACAUAGCUUUGGAGAUGGCCGACCAGAGAAAAUGAUGUACACUGAAAAUCAAUGCAACCCACUAGGGGAGAAGGCCAUAGAAACAACUUUUCAACAAGCUGGCAACCAUCCAAAAUAUCUUAGGACAAUAGCAGGAAGGAUCGCACAGACAAGCACCGCUCAGAUUUCAGCAGACAAUGUAGAAAUACUUUUCUUGCCACUUCCAUGUAACUAAUUUAAAGUAUGUGACAAUGUAAUCAAUUACGUUUUUGUGAUGUAAGACUCUCUAGGUAUGCAAAAGAGCCUGACAUAUUUCAAUAAUUAAAAAAAAUAAAUUUGUGCUGUUAUAUUAUGAAUAAGCAAACUCACCUAUUGCUUGAACGCAACGUAGAUCUCAUAGUUGUAAUGAUAAUAAACAUAUCAAGUUGUUUUCACUAUAACAAGAUGUAGAGUAACAUGCAUCCAAUUAACUGAACACAUACUCAACAGAUUUUUCGUUUCCAAAUAUCUCAUUAAAACACAGCUUUAUUCUCCGUUC